AAAUAUUGUGAGUUGAAGGUUUAUUUCUCUUGAUUGGUAUCCUCAAGUUUGUAACAGUGAAACAGAACACACACGUUGUAGCAUCCAGGACAACAGAGGCUCUAUCAUGUUCAUCUUUAUGAUUCUGGGUCUGCUGGCUGGCAUCCAGGCACAAGUGACUCCUCGGUUUGUGCAGACAGGAACAGAUUUACUUCUGGAUGUGAAGAAACCUGUUGUUCUGAAGGAGGGAGAUUUAUUUACAUGGACUGUUGGCAGUGUUGCUGUUGUGAGACUAGCUCAUGGUGGUAAACCAAUCAUUUUCCCAAAUUUUAAAUCUAGAGCAGAAUUGUCUGCACAAAAUCACUCUCUACUGUUAAAGAACGUACAAAAGAGGGACAGCGGAGUUUACAGAGCACGUGUUGCUGCUGAGAGGAAAUCAGAUGUAGCUGAAUACAACGUCACAGUUCUGGAUCCAGUGUCUGGAGUGAAGCUGACAGUGAAACUCUGCAGCUCAGACUCCACUAACGUCACAGUGAUCUGCAGCACUGAGGACUCUCUCAUCAACAGCACGUUCACAUGUGACAACCAAACCUGCUCUCACGAGGGAGGAGAGCGAGCAGAGAUCAUCACACCUGGUGCUUCUCUGGACGUCUACCUGGAGCACGGCUCAGUCAUCUGUAACCAUAGUAACCAGGUCAGCUCUACAAGGGACAUCCAAAAGAUUGAAGAUCUUUGUAGAAAGCCUGAAGAGAUAUCUGGGGUUGGUUUCUCUAUCUACAGGCUGAAGAUAUACGUGGUCUCGAUCGGUCUGGUCAUCAUGAUGUGUGCCGUCAUCAGUGUUCAGUCGUAGAGAAGCUUAAGAAGAAAAAAUAAACAACCACCUCUCCCCCAACAAUCCUCUGUGGAGAGUUUGACCACUAGUAGCACAAUGGAGCUACUUGUUUUCUUUUCUUUUUUGACUGAAUAUGUGUGACUUUUGUUUAAGCUGUGUGUAUGUGAGUCUGCAGGGGGCACGGUGGUAUAUACACACUUAUUUCACAGACUUCAUGCUAUUCCACUGAUGGACUGUUGGUGGCGGUAAAACACAGAGAAAUGAAGUUUGAGGAGGCAGAGGAAGAAUAUCAGCAAACAUGGAUGCAAAUAAUGAAGAGAGUAAAAAUACAAUUCUACAAUUCUGCUUU